AUGGCGCAACAGCAGCAUUACCCCCCGCCGCCCAUGUCGGCACCGGCGCAUGUGACUUCAUUCCCGGGCCCUCCACAGGCACCUCCUCCUAACUUCAGCUACCCGCCUCCGCCCACACAAACACCUCCUGCAAAUACGCACUAUCCUGGGCCUCCGCUAUCAGUCAGCCCCCCUGCAGUGAGCACGACCCCGAAUGAAAAGCAGGCCAACCUUUAUCAACAAAACUUUCACCAAAACUUCCACCAAAAUGCUGCUGCUGCCCAGCACAAUCAUUCAAUGAUGCCUGGCGCACCGCCGCCAGGACAAUUUACUGGUGCCACAUCGACAAGCGAUGACAAUGUUGGAACAUUCAACGGAGGCAGUUACCGGAUCAGUCACCGUGAUGUUAACUCGCUUUUGACGCUGCAGCUAGCAAUGGGCUGCCCACUUACUGCAAAGCCCGGCGUAAUGAUUGCCAUGUCUACAACCAUGACCCUUAGGGGAACCGUUCAUUUCGGCUGGAAGAAACUCCUCGCUGGUGGCGAAAUGACCAUGUCACAAUAUACGGGCCCCGGUGAACUGCUUAUUGCGCCUUCAGUGCUGGGUGACAUUAUCGUUCUUCGCUUGAACGGUGAGGAAGAAUGGAAGAUCGGACGGGAUUCCUUCUUGGCAUCGACAGCCUCAGUGAGGCACAAAUACCAGGCACAGGGUAUUACCAAGGCCGUCUUUUCCGGGGAAGGUCUUUUCAUUUAUAAGAUCAGUGGCACUGGUCUGCUCUGGCUACAGAGUUUCGGCGCCAUCAUCAAGAAAGAUCUUAAGGAAGGAGAAACAUACUUCAUCGACAACGGUCAUCUCGUGGCAUGGAAUUGCAAGUACGAGAUUGAACGUGUCGCAUCAGGCGGUAUUGUGUCCGGUCUAAGCUCCGGCGAAGGUCUCGCUUGCAAGUUCAAGGGUCCUGGAACGGUGUACCUGCAAACCCGAAACCUGAACGCAUUUGCCGCGCAGAUGAAGGCCGAAUACUCCUCUGCCUGGCAUCCGCGUCAGAACACCGAGCCAUCUUUUGGCUUUGAAAUUUCUUUCAAGAAACUGCCCAGUCUCAUCGCCUAG